CUGCCCCUGGCUGAAAGAAUCUUGAUUUUGAUUGGACGGUUGCCAGAGUCAUUAGCAUAGUGUACCCUGACCUGGAUUAGGGAACUGCGUCCUCUCAGAAAUGACCAGAGCCUGCAGGACCUGAACCAGAGCUGAACUGGUGUGACACCUGGACAAGAACCCUGAAGGAAGGACUCAGGAGCGCUGAGGGUGGAAAGUCUUUGGAAACCAAGCCCCGGAGCUGAUUGUGCGUCCAGACACCGGCUGGAGAGUGAGAGUGUUCUCGCAAACCUCUGAGAAGCUGAGUAGAGGGAAGCCUGUGGUGACCCGACCUUACCAUGGAACCGGACGACUUUGAUCCUGAAGAUAAAGAGAUACUGAGCUGGGACAUUAACGACAUGAAACUGCCACAGAACGUGAAAAAGACUGACUGGUUCCAGGAGUGGCCUGACUCCUACGUGAAACACAUCUACAGCUCAGAGGACAGGAACGCACAGCGCCACUUGAGCAGCUGGGCCAUGCGCAACACCAACAACCACAACUCCCGCAUCCUCAAGAAGUCAUGCCUGGGGGUGGUGGUGUGUGGCAGGGACUGCUCCACCGAGGAAGGCCGCAAGAUCUACCUGAGACCGGCCAUCUGUGACAAAGCCAGGCAGAAGCAGCAGAGGAAAUGCUGUCCCAACUGCAAUGGUCCCCUGAAGCUUAUUCCCUGCCGAGGCCACGGGGGCUUUCCGGUCACCAACUUCUGGAGGCACGAUGGACGCUUCAUAUUUUUCCAGUCGAAAGGAGAACAUGACCAUCCCAAGCCAGAAACCAAGCUUGAAGCAGAGGCAAGAAGAGCCAUGAAGAAAGUGCACAUGGCAUCGGCCUCUGGCUCCUUGCGGAUGAAGGGGAGCCCAGAAACAAAGGCUCUUCCAGGUGAAAUACAGAGUCAGGGAAGUUUACCUUUAACUUGGUCAUUCCAGGAAGGCGUCCAACUGCCCAGCAGUUACAGCACACCUUUAAUAGCUAACGCCUCCCAGCAGAACUCCCUGAAUGAUUGCCUAUCCUUCCCCAAGAGCUAUGAUUUGGGGGGAACCACUGAGCUAGAAGACCCAACUUCCACCUUGGACCCCACUGUGCUCUACGAAAAAUGCAAAUUCUCCAGCAGUCGGAUCUACAGCAGUGAAGACCAGUUUCAGCCUCCUGUCCCUGGGGUCUAUACAGAUUAUGACGAUCUGCAAGCCUGGAAUAAAAGUGCUUCCUUAGGGAGAAAUCCUAAUGACGACACCUGCUAUCCCACCUAUCCUCUGCCUGUGUCCAGCUGGCCCUGUGACUUCUUCCCCUCCCAGAACUCUUUGGAGCACUUCCCCCAACAGAUUCCACUGGAAGCAGCUGCAGCCCAAACUGGCUGUCAUCCACUGUGGUCCAAUCCAGGAGGUGAACCUUAUGAAGAGAAAGUACCUAUGGAUUUCAACAGCUAUGUGCCUUCCCUCACGUACCACUCACCUCAGCAGGACCCCUUUCUGCUCACCUAUGGCUCCCACCCUCAGCAGCAAUACUCACUGCCCAGCAGGAACAGCAAGUGGGAUUUUGAUGAAGAGGUGGCAUGCGCGGGCUUGGAUCACUUCAACAAUGACAUGUUUCUAAACCUCUGUCCGUUAAGAUGAUUCGUGAAUCGUGAAUUGUUGAAGAGCUGGAAGAAUACCCAUAGAAAAUGGGUUUCAAAGCCUCAGAGAAGUGUUGGAAUCGUGAUAAACAGUAGACAAGGCUUUUGUUUUCAUUCUAGCUGUCUUUUCACCUCAUCAGUGCUAAUGUGUUUGCCCCAAGUAAGGACUAGAAACUCAUUUGUGCCAGGCAUGAUGGCAUACACCUUUAACCCCAGCAGUCAGGAGGCAGAAGAAGUUGGAUCUCUGUGAGUUCGAGGCCAGCUUAGUCUACCUAGUGAGUUC